CGAAACAUUUCUGCAUGUUAGACUACUAAUUACGAGUUAUGCGAUUGGCAUUGCACCUUCACAUCUAGUUGGCCCAUCCUGCUUUUUCGCAUCUUCACACCAGACCUUCUGAACCAUGGUGCUCAAGACUCCCCAAGAUUUCGAAGUCCACGGCUUAGAGGAUAUUCAGCCUGCGUAUGCUGAUUUCCCCGGCAAAAUGUACGCCGGUACCUUGCCUACAAACAACGGCUCUCGGCGCGGCGAAAUGAUGUUUUGGAUGUUCGAGCCAGAUACUCAGCUCGUGCCAGAAUCCAUGGUCAUAUGGCUAAACGGAGGUCCAGGAUGCUCCAGUUUCAACUGCGGGAUCAUGAUGGAACACUCACCCGUGACACAACCCUUGCACGCGGCGGGGUACUGUUGUCUCAAACCGACACCGGAUCUCUCGAUAAACGAGCACACGUGGACCAAGGCUACCACAAUGCUGUACGUGGAACAACCCAUCGGGACGGGAUUUUCGUACGGGGAUCCUUUGCCCGAAACGGAACGGGACGCUGCCGGAGAUAUAGAUGCCUUUUUGCAAAACUUUUACGGGGUCUUUGAGCACCUCAAACCCUAUGACUUUUUCAUUUUUGGAGAGAGCUACGCGGGAAUGUUUGUCCCUAGCUUUACCCGCUUUAUUCAUCUGCGAAAUCAAAAAGCGAUUGAGGAUCGGGACGAAAGUCGUUUUCUUGUCCCUUUGAAGGGAGCCGCGCUCGGUAACGGUUGGGUGGACGGAAAGAUUCAAGGUCCCGCGACGAUUGAUUAUUCCUGGUGGCACGGACUUAUCGAUAAACCGACCCGCGAUGCCUUGCACACGCAGUGGAACAACUGCAUGUACCAGCUUGGAACAGAGAACGACGUGGAACCACCACCCUUUCAUCCCUUCAAUGUGCAGGACGAUUGCGGUAUGAUGUGGGGUAUUCUUCAAGCCGCAGGCAAUCCCAACGCCUACGAUAUCACGACCUGGGAUCCAAACGUGGAUCAGAUUACAUUCACUUCCGAAGGUUUUUACAACACGCCCGCGGUGAUUGAAUCCUUGCACGCGCCAACAAACAUAACCUGGCACGGGUGUCGAUGGGGUGAAGGGCGUCGCCGUCUCGUUUCAGCCCAGCAGCUGGAGCAACAUCGACGUCUCUACAUGGACAACGAUCGCCCGCUGUCGGUUGUUCCCUACAUCGCCGAGGUUUUGGACGCGGGCAUUCCCGUGCUGGUCUACAACGGAGAUCGUGACAUGACGACCAACAUGGUGGGACAAGAACUCACACUCAACGCGAUGGAAUGGAGCGGAAAAGACGAUUGGCUAGAUGCUCCGCGUGGCCUGUGGAAAGUCAAUGACUAUCCUGCAGGCUGGACAAAAGAGCAUAAAGGGUUAACCUUCAUUGUUGUCUACAACAGUGGCCAUAUGGUUCCUUACAAUCAAGCCGCACCGGCCUAUGAUCUCGUCACGCGGUUUUUGAAAGGCCAAAGCUACAUGGACACCGUGCUACCCGCGAUACGAAUCAAAGCGCUCGAUACCACGGAGGCUAAAGGUCAGACAAACAUGUUUGAAUCCACCAUAUUGGACGCCAGCGUUUUGCCCACGCUGGCGACGUCCACCACCCCUGCCAUCGAGAACACCCUUUUCUUGAAUGCUAGUCAAUGGGAAUUGAUAGGAGUUGCCGCCGUCUCCAUGAUUGUUGGUUUUAGUUUGGCCGUGUUCUUUUUGGGCAAACGGGCAGGGAUUCGCAAGGGGCGCUACCAGCCGGUCCCCGACGCCGACAUUUGA